CGUGGCGCCUCCCCCUGCCGCUUCUGGGAUUCCCGGCAGUUUCCCGCGCGCCGUCGGCGGCGGUCACCCCUGCAGAGGGCUGCUGGAGGCCGGAGAGAGGCGGGGACGGUCAUGCAGGAGGAGAGUGGCCACCCGCCCGCCACGCUCCCUUGCUGGGCUCGGCUUCCUAGCGCCGGCCGCCACGUUCAGCUUCUGCCUGCGUCCUUUCCUCCUGCCCGGCUCCGGGGGCCUGCCCUCACCCCACCUGCGGUCCUUCUCCCCGGCGCCAGGCCCGGGCGGUGGGGAGGAAAGUCUCUUCCCGGAGCGGCUGGGGAAAUGGAAAGCCCCGGCGCGGUGGGGGAGGGUGACAGGCAGGAAGGGGUUAAAGGGCUGGGGCCGGUGGCCUCUGACGGAGGCUGAGAAGCACACUGCACCAUCAAACAGCACCGAGGGGUGCCUCUCCUCCGCCCUCCUCUUUCCGGUGUAGCUCAGCUCCUGGACUUGCCGCAGACAGAAAGCACAACAGACUCUCGCCCGGGAGCGUCUCUGCCUGAUCCGCGGCUGCUCGGAGCGCGGGCCAGAAGUGGCCAGCCAGCCAGGGGCAGGAGAUGCAGAGCACCGUCAAUUACCUAUGGCACACGGACGACCUGCUGGGGCAGGGGGCCACCGCCAGUGUGUACAAGGCCCGAAACAAGAAAUCCGGGGAGCUGGUUGCUGUGAAGGUCUUCAACACGGCUAGCUACCUGCGACCCCUCGAGGUGCAGGUGAGGGAGUUUGAGGUCCUGCGAAAGCUGAACCACCAGAACAUCGUCAAGCUCUUUGCGGUGGAGGAGACGGGGGGCGGCCGGCAGAAGGUGCUGGUGAUGGAGUAUUGCUCCAGUGGGAGCCUGCUCAGCGUGCUCGAGAGCCCCGAGAACGCCUUCGGGCUUCCCGAGGAGGAGUUUCUGGUGGUGCUGCGCUGUGUGGUGGCAGGCAUGAACCACCUGCGGGAGAAUGGCAUCGUCCACCGCGACAUUAAGCCUGGAAACAUCAUGCGCCUCGUGGGGGAGGAGGGGCAGAGCAUCUACAAGCUGACGGACUUUGGGGCCGCCCGGGAGCUAGAUGAUGACGAGAAGUUUGUCUCUCUCUAUGGCACUGAGGAGUACCUGCACCCCGACAUGUAUGAGCGGGCCGUGCUUCGCAAGCCCCAGCAGAAGACAUUCGGGGUGUCCGUGGAUCUCUGGAGCAUUGGGGUCACCCUGUACCACGCAGCUACUGGCAGCCUUCCCUUCGUCCCCUUUGGUGGACCACGGCGUAACAAGGAAAUGAUGUACCGGAUCAUCACGGAGAAGCCAUCCGGGGCCAUCGCGGGCACGCAGCGGCAGGAGAACGGGCUCCUGGAGUGGAGCUACAGCCUUCCCAUCACCUGCCGGCUGUCCAUGGGGCUGCAGAGCCAGCUGGUGCCCAUCCUGGCCAACAUCCUGGAGGUGGAACAGGCCAAGUGCUGGGGCUUCGACCAGUUCUUCGCGGAGACCAGCGACAUCCUGCAGCGGGUCGUUGUCCACGUGUUCUCCCUGUCCCAGGCGGUCCUGCACCACGUCUACAUCCAUGCCCACAACACGAUAGCCAUCUUUCUGGAUGCUGUGUAUGAGCAGACCAGGGUGGCACCCCAGCACCAGAAGUUCCUCUUUGAGGGUCACCUCUGCGUCCUCGAGCCCAGCCUGUCAGCGCAACAUAUCGCCCACACGACCGCAAGCCACCCCCUGGCCCUGUUCAGCACGGCCACCGAGACCCCCAAGGGGCUGGCCUUCAGGGACCCUGCUCAGGACAUCCCCAAGUUCUUCCCCAAAGUGGACCUGCAGGCAGAUUACACCACCGCCAAGAGUGUACUGGGCGCCGGCUACCAGGCCCUGUGGCUGGCGCAGACCCUGCUGGCCGGGCAGGAGUUCAUGUUUCGGGGGCUGCACUGGUGUGUGGAGAUGCUCCAGGCUACGUGCAGGCGGACGCUGGAGGUCACGCGGAUGGCCCUCCUCUUCCUCAGCAGCAGCCUGGGCACCGAGAGGUUCAGCAGUGUGGCUGGGAUGCCUGAGAUGCAGGAGCUGAAGAGAGUCACGGAGCUGAGGUCCAAGCUGCGGGCUGUGAGUGAGGCAGGGCAGAGACUGCGGCGGCGGCCUGGAGCGCCCCGGCCCCGCGACGUGCGGAGCAUCUUCGAGCAGCCGCAGGAUCCCCGCGUCCCGGUGGAGCGAGGCGAGGGGCACAGCUUCGGCGACCUGGCGCUGCGGAGCGGCCCGGGCUGGUGUGACCUGUGCGGACGAGAGGUGCUGCGGCAGGCGCUGCGCUGCGCUACCCCACUGCCCCCAUCGGACUGCAGCAGCUACCGCCCAUCAGGAAAAGCCUACCUUGCCCGUGUCCGCAGUUCCCAGCAGAGGCUGUGCGGGGUGCCUCCUGCUGCAGCUGGCUUCGGGCAAGGAAAGCUCACCUUCUAA